AUUCGAUAGUGACGAUAGUAAACCACGACGUACGGAUAGGGUAAAGAUGACACCAAUGACUCAAUAAUGUGGCGAAAAACUGACGAGCGCCUGAUUCCACUGUGUCGUGACACUAGAAUCAUACCUGGGAGAACAUGCGAGGCAUAUUUUAGAAUUGUUGAUACCGGUGACGAGAAACAGAAGUGGGAAGAGAGACGUCAUUCCCGUCUGGAGGCGUCUGUCUGCCACGUCGCUUCUGUGUGGAUCUCUCUUCCUCCUUCGCUCACAUACCGCUCUGUUGGCCAUGAUGGAUGUGUGGGUGUUGGUGUUGGUCACUUUCUCUGUGUGGGAGAGUGUGGGGGCGGAGAGUUGUCUCAAUCAGAACAUCCCCGCCGCUAUAGGGAACCUGAACAAGUUACGAGACCUCCGACUACAGGACAUGUACGUCACCAGGUGGGGCACCAGCGUGUUGCGUCACGUGGGCGCGACCUUGACCUCCCUCACCCUGGCCCACACCAUCGUGCCUGCCUGGGCGGAGUGGCUGGAGUUGUUCCCCUUGCUCACCCAGCUCACCACCGACAGCUCACCCUUGGGCUUGGUCCCCGACGACGUCUUCCACAAGAACACAGCCACGCUCAGGAAGGUCACGCUGAAAGCCGCGGGUUUGAACUCCGUCCCCCCGGCACUGGCGGCUCUGGGGGGCCUGGAAGAGCUGGACCUGUCGGAGAACCAGCUGAGGAGCAGCAGAGACCUGGCCUACGAGCUCAUCCCUCACCUGCACACCCUGAGCUCGCUCAGCCUGAGCGGGAACCUGCUGCAAGACAUCCCGAGGAUCUCCUUCCUGACCAACCUCUCGCGCCUAAACCUGUCCCGCAACGGCAUCUAUGACGUCACGGCCGGUCUGACCGGCGCCCACAACAGUAACAGUAACCCGGCGAUGACAUCAGCACACGACAGUAACAGUAACCCGGCGAUGACAUCAGCACACAACAGUAACAGUAACCCGGCGAUGACAUCAGCACACGACAGUAACAGUAACCCGGCGAUGACGUCAUCACACGACAGUAACAGUAACCCGGCGGUGACGUCAUCACACGACAGUAACAGUAACCCGGCGGUGACGUCAGCACACGUGGCCAACAUCGCGCUGCCGCAGGGGUCACUGUCCGUCCUUGACCUCAGUCACAACAAUUUCCGGGAAACCCCGAAGGUUAUUCUAGGCCUGGUUCGUCUCCGCGUGUUGAACCUUGCCCACAACCUCCUCACGGAGGUCAGAGGUGAGCAGUUCCCCAUCGGCAGCGGUCUGGAGCAGCUGUACCUCCAGGGAAACCCUCUCACCUCCCUAGCCACCGACGCUUUCCACAGACUUCAACACCUCCAACUUCUCGACCUGUCCGCUACAAAACUGACACGCCUUCCCCUGGCCCUGGCUCAGUUGUCUGCUGUGGAGAUCGUGGACGUGCGAGGUGUGAGUCCGUUGGUGUGCACGUGUGUUGAGCGGGCUCUCCGUCCCUGGGCCCUGUCUCUGCCACACCUGGUCUUGUUGGGUCACUGCGGGGAGAUACCGCUCACUUAUUUCUUCCGUGUCUUGGCUGCUCAGUGUCCUCCUUCCUAAAUACCCCCACCCUCCUUCCUAAAUACCCCCACCUUCCUUCCUUCCUAAAUACUCCCACCCACCCUCGUUCCUUCCUAAACACCCCCCACCUUCCUAAAUACUCCCACCCUCCUUCCUUCCUUCCUAAAUAC